UUCAAAGUCUCAACUUCUCAUUACUUCCAAACAUUCUCACUCUAAAUAUGAGUCACAACUCCUUGAAUGGAACUAUUCCUCCUCAAAUUGGUUCCUUAUCCAAUCUCAACACUCUUGACUUGUCCACUAAUAACCUCUUUGGUAGCAUUCCCAAUACCAUUGGUAAUCUCUCCAAACUCUUGUUUCUUAAUCUUUCUGACAAUGAUCUCUCUGGUACUAUUCCUUCUGAAAUAGUACACUUGGUUGGUCUUCAUACAUUGCGCAUAGGUGAUAAUAAUUUCACUGGAUCCCUUCCUCAAGAAAUAGGUAGAUUGAUGAAUCUGAGAAUACUUGAUAUUCCUCGGUCCAAUAUCUCAGGGACUAUCCCAAUCUCAAUAGAAAAGUUAUGCAAUUUGUCUCAUCUAGAUGUCGAAAGCAACGACCUUUCUGGCAACAUUCCACUGAGAAUUUGGCAUAUGAACCUAAAGCAUUUGUCAUUUGCUGAUAAUAACUUCAACGGUUCCAUCCCCAAAGAAAUUGCGAAUUUGAGGAGCAUCGAGACUCUCUGGCUUUGGAAAAGUGGGCUUUCUGGCUCCAUUCCCAAAGAAAUUUGGAUGCUGAGGAAUCUAACAUGGCUUGACAUGAGCCAAUCCAGUUUCAGCGGGUCUAUUCCUCGUGAUAUUGGGAAGUUAAGGAACCUAAAGAUUCUUAAUAUGUCGAAAAGUGGCUUGUCUGGCUCCAUGCCCGAAGAAAUUUGGACGUUGCGUAAUUUAGAACAACUUGACAUAAGCAUGUGUAAUCUUAUUGGGUCAAUUCCUAUUUCAAUUGGAGCACUGGUCAAUCUAACACUUCUAAGUUUACACGAUAACCAACUUUUUGGUCACAUUCCUCAUGAAAUUGGGAAGUUGGUUAACCUCCAGAUUCUAGAUCUCAGAAGUAAUAAUCUUUCUGGCUUCAUUCCUCCUGAAAUUGGUUUUUUGAAACAACUUGGUCAACUUGAUUUGUCCAUUAACUUUCUCUCUGGUGAAAUCCCCUUUACAAUUGGAAACUUGAGCAAUUUAUAUGAUCUUUACCUUGAUUUAAACAGCCUCUCUGGAGCAAUCCCAGCUUCCAUAGGCAACUUGGUCAAUUUGGACUCCAUGAUCCUUGCUGCAAAUAAACUCUCUGGGUCCAUUCCUUUCACCAUUGGAAAUUUGUCAAAGCUUAGUGUAUUAACUAUAUCCUUUAAUGAACUCACUGGAUCAAUUCCUUCCAUUAUUGGAAAUUUAUCAAAUAUCAGGGCAUUAAGAUUUAUUGGAAAUGAACUUGGUGGCAAUAUUCCAAUAGAAAUGAGCAUGCUUACUGCUCUGGAAAGUUUGCAGCUAAGUCACAAUAAUUUUAUAGGCCAUUUACCUCAAAACAUUUGCAUUGGUGGAACGUUCAAAAAAAUUUCUGCUGAAAAUAACAACUUCAUAGGCCCAAUUCCAGUGAGUUUGAAGAAUUGCUCCAGUCUUAUAAGAGUCAGGCUUCAGCGAAACCAGCUAACUGGGGAUAUAACAGAUGCUUUUGGUGUACUUCCAAAUUUGGACUACAUCGAAUUGAGUGACAAUAACUUUUAUGGUCAACUAUCACCUAACUGGGGAAAGUUUCGUAGCCUCACAAGCCUCAUGAUCUCCAACAAUAAUUUAUCAGGUGUGAUACCACCAGAACUAGCUGGGGCAACCAAAUUACAACGACUUCACCUGUCCUCAAACCAUCUUACAGGAAACAUUCCACAUGAUUUAUGUAACUUGCCCUUGUUUGAUCUCUCACUCGACAACAAUAAUCUUACAGGAAAUGUUCCCAAAGAAAUAGCAUCAAUGCAGAAACUUCAAAUUUUGAAGCUUGGAUCAAAUAAGUUGUCUGGCUUAAUCCCAAAGCAACUAGGAAAUUUGCUCAAUUUAUUGAACAUGAGUCUGAGCCAAAAUAAUUUUCAGGGAAAUAUUCCUUCAGAGCUUGGCAAACUGAAAUUUCUUACGAGUCUUGAUCUUGGUGGAAAUUCUUUGAGAGGAACAAUACCUUCAAUGUUUGGAGAAUUAAAAGGCUUAGAAGUACUGAAUGUCUCUCACAAUAAUCUUUCAGGUGAUCUCUCUAGCUUCGAUGAUAUGACGAGCUUGACAUCUAUUGAUAUAUCAUACAACCAGUUUGAGGGUCCACUUCCAAACAUUCUAUCCUUCCACAAUGCUAAAAUUGAAGCAUUGAGAAAUAAUAAAGGCUUGUGUGGCAAUGUCACUGGCUUGGAGCCUUGCUCAACAUCAAGUGGGAAAUCUCAUAAUCAUAUGAGGAAGAAAGUAAUGAUAGUAAUUUUACCCCUUACUUUGGGCAUUCUAAUACUGGCAUUAUUUGCUUUCGGAGUCUCGUAUCAUUUAUGCCAAACCUCAACGAACAAAGAAGACCAGGCUACAAGUAUACAAACUCCUAACAUAUUUGCAAUAUGGAGUUUUGAUGGCAAAAUGGUAUUCGAGAAUAUUAUUGAAGCCACAGAAGAUUUUGACGACAAACAUCUCAUUGGUGUUGGAGGGCAAGGAUGUGUUUACAAAGCAGUGCUGCCUACAGGUCAAGUUGUUGCUGUGAAGAAACUCCAUUCGGUUCCAAAUGGAGAGAUGCUCAAUCUGAAAGCUUUCACAUGUGAGAUCCAAGCUUUGACAGAAAUUCGACAUCGUAACAUUGUAAAGUUAUAUGGGUUUUGUUCACAUUCACAAUUCUCAUUUUUGGUGUGUGAAUUCCUGGAGAAUGGCAGUGUUGAGAAGACUCUGAAGGAUGAUGGACAAGCAAUGGCAUUUGAUUGGUAUAAGAGGGUGAAUGUUGUUAAAGAUGUAGCAAUUGCUUUGUGCUAUAUGCACCAUGAAUGCUCACCUCGAAUUGUUCAUCGUGAUAUAUCAAGCAAGAAUGUUCUUUUGGAUUCCGAAUAUGUAGCUCAUGUCUCAGACUUUGGAACAGCCAAGUUUCUUAAUCCAGAUUCAUCCAAUUGGACCUCAUUCGUAGGAACCUUUGGAUAUGCUGCUCCAGAACUUGCAUACACAAUGGAGGUGAAUGAGAAAUGUGACGUGUAUAGUUUUGGGGUCCUAGCAUGGGAAAUACUUAUUGGGAAGCACCCUGGUGAUGUUAUAUCUUCUUUAUUGGGAUCAUCUCCAUCUACUCUUGUGGCCUCAACACUCGAUCUCAUGGCAUUGAUGGAUAAGUUGGACCAACGUCUCCCUCAUCCAACAAAGCCAAUUGGUAAGGAAGUGGCAUCAAUUGCAAAGAUAGCAAUGGCCUGCUUGACUGAAAGUCCACGAUCUCGCCCUACCAUGGAGCAGGUUGCCAAUGAGCUGGUAAUGUCAAGCUCAUCUUCAAUGGAUUAGCUCUACAUUGUCACUUAUAUAUAGCUGAAAGAUUGAGCUUAAUAAACAUGCUUGAGUUUUAAUUGUUCUUUUC